GCGCGUGGGGCUUCGCAGGAGGUAACCAAUCAAUACUCUCUCAAUUCCUCAAAGUAACGCUGAACUUCAAGACGCUAGCUUUAAACGGCCAAUAUCUUUUUUGAGUGUCUGAAAUGAGCUACACGGGCAGAGGAACUCCUCUCAGACUUGCUGUGGUUGUAAUGCUGUUCUCAUCGGGAACGCCGUGGACUUUCCGAGAGGAGAAGGAGGAUGUGGACAGAGAUGUGUGUUCAGAGAACAAAAUCGCAACGACGAAAUACCCGUGCGUAAAAUCCACAGGAGAGGUGACUACAUGCUACAGAAAGAAGUGCUGUGAAGGUUUUAAGUUUGUACUGGGACAGUGUAUUCCAGAAGACUAUGAUGUGUGCGCUGGCGCCCCAUGUGAACAGCAGUGUACCGAUCAUUUCGGUCGUGUGGUGUGCACCUGUUACCCUGGGUAUCGCUAUGACCGGGAACGACACAGAAACCGCGAGAAACCAUACUGCCUGGACAUUGAUGAAUGUGCCAACAAUAACGAGACGGUGUGCUCACAGAUCUGUGUGAACACCCCCGGCAGCUACCGGUGUGAGUGCGAGAAAGGCUUCUACCUAGAGGAUGAUGGGAAAACAUGCACCAAGGGUGAGCGAGCUCCACUGUUUGAGAAGUCAGACAACGUCAUGAAAGAGAGAACGUGCUCGGCCACAUGUGAAGACUUCCAUCAGAUGAAGAUGACCGUUCUCCAACUCAAACAGAAGAUUGCCUUGUUGCCGUGCAACACAGAGGUCAAUAAACAGAUGACCAGUGAAAAGAUGAUGAUGACGCACUCAUUCUUACCUGGAUCUCCAGGGCCACCUGGCCCUGCAGGGAGCUCAGGACCCAAAGGUUCCCUUGGUCCCCCAGGACAAAUGGGGCCACCAGGCAUGCCCGGUCCUAGAGGCGACAUGGGGCCCAUGGGGCCCUCACCGGACCUGUCGCAUAUCAAACAGGGACGCCGUGGCCCAGUGGGUCCACCCGGGGCUCCAGGGAGAGAUGGCAUGAAGGUACGUAUCCAAGCUCAACAGGAAGGGAGGAACAGCUCAUACAGGAAGAUAUACAGAAAGACAGACAUGUGUUUGUGUUUUCAGGGCCCGCCAGGAUCCUUUGACUUCCUGUUACUCAUGAUGGCUGACAUUCGUAACGACAUCGCAGAGUUGCAGAACAAAGUGUUCAGCAGACCAUUGCACUCCGUAGAGGAUUUCCCAUCUGCCCCGGACAAUUGGAGGGACACCCAGGAAAGCCUGGACUUUGGCUCUGGAGAAGACUACAAACCCCAGAUCCCGUCUAAGAGCACCAGGAAAAGGAAAUUGCCCCGGACCUUAAAUAAUCCAGAUUGGCCAAUUUAAGAUUGCCCUGGAACAGUGCCAGAACUGAAAGAAAGAACUGAUUAUAGAGAGAAUGAGUAGUGUAAAUAUCACAGAAUGACUGCUAUUUAACUGUAUACUCGUUGAAAAAAAGGCUGAAUGUAUUUCAUUGUAUGAAAUUUCUAUUUUUAUAACAUAAAGGAUGUACAUUUUGUAUUUUGGGCGUUUUGAACAUGUCAUUUGUCAACCAGAUACCUAACAGGUUACAUAUACCAUGGUUAUCUUGUU